AUGGGCAUAUCACGCUUGCUCACCCUGUGGGCUAGGAGUAUGGUGCAUGCCUAUGCUAACACCCCCUUGACGUACGUACCUGAUAGCAAUCAAAGCUCUUACCAUGUGAAACUUACAACCCCCAACUCAUCUCACACGGGAGGUUACAACCCCCAACUCAUCUCACACGGGAGGUUACAACCCCCAACUCAUCUCACACGGGAGGUUACAACCCCCAACUCAUCUCACACGGGAGGUUUCAACCCCCAACUCAUCUCACACGGGAGGUUGCAACCCCCAACUCAUCUCACACGGGAGGUUACAACCCCCAACUCAUCUCACACGGGAGGUUACAACCCCCAACUCAUCUCACACGGGAGGUUACAACUCCCAACUCAUCUCACACGGGAGGUUACAACCCCCAACUCAUCUCACACGGGAGGUUACAACCCCCAACUCAUCUCACACGGGAGGUUACAACCCCCAACUCAUCUCACACGGGAGGUUACAACCCCCAACUCAUCUCACACGGGAGGUUACAACUCCCAACUCAUCUCACACGGGAGGUUACAACCCCCAACUCAUCUCACACGGGAGGUUUCAACCCCCAACUCAUCUCACACGGGAGGUUACAACCCCCAACUCAUCUCACACGGGAGGUUACAACCCCCAACUCAUAACGGAGGUUACAACCCCCAACUCAUAACGGAGGUUACAACCCCCAACUCAUCUCACACGGGAGGUUACAACUCCCAACUCAUCUCACACGGGAGGUUACAACCCCCAACUCAUCUCACACGGGAGGUUACAACCCCCAACUCAUCUCACACGGGAGGUUACAACCCCCAACUCAUCUCACACGGGAGGUUACAACCCCCAACUCAUCUCACACGGGAGGUUACAACCCCCAACUCAUCUCACACGGGAGGUUACAACCCCCAACUCAUCUCACACGGGAGGUUACAACCCCCAACUCAUCUCACACGGGAGGUUACAACCCCCAACUCAUCUCACACGGGAGGUUACAACCCCCAACUCAUCUCACACGGGAGGUUUCAACCCCCAACUCAUCUCACACGGGAGGUUUCAACCCCCAACUCAUCUCACACGGGAGGUUACAACCCCCAACUCAUCUCACACGGGAGGUUACAACCCCCAACUCAUAACGGAGGUUACAACCCCCAACUCAUAACGGAGGUUACAACCCCCAACUCAUCUCACACGGGAGGUUACAACCCCCAACUCAUCUCACACGGGAGGUUACAACCCCCAACUCAUCUCACACGGGAGGUUACAACCCCCAACUCAUCUCACACGGGAGGUUACAACCCCCAACUCAUCUCACACGGGAGGUUACAACCCCCAACUCAUCUCACACGGGAGGUUACAACCCCCAACUCAUCUCACACGGGAGGUUACAACCCCCAACUCAUAACGGAGGUUACAACCCCCAACUCAUAACGGAGGUUACAACCCCCAACUCAUCUCAUGAUUUCAUUGUCCUGCUCUCACACGGAUCUCACAUUCUGAACUGCAAAGAAAAUAUUAUGUUCUGUU